UAUUUAUAGGUAUCAAUGAUGUUUAUUCAAUAUUUACGGCCGUGAACAUUUUAGAGAACGGACGUGUUUAUUAUUAAACUUAAAAAUGGCUAAUAAAAGUAUUUCAAUUACUCAUUUAAAAGAAAUUAUGGAUAUUCAUGAAAACACAAUAAUGAAGCUAUUUAGCAACAGGAUUGAUAAACUAGAGAGUAAAAUAUCAGUUAUGCAAGAAGAAAAUAAAAAUUUAAAAGAUGAAGUAAGUGACCUGAAAAAAAGUGUUGAAUUUGUCAGUGACAAAUAUGAAAAUUUACUAUUGGAAAUUGAUGUUUCUAAAAAAACAGCAAUGUCAUCAGUAUAUCAACUGAACGACACAAAAAUAAAUAUAGAAAAUGAUAACGUUAUUAAAGAUAAGUUGGCUGAACUUGAAGAUAGGAGUCGCAGAAAUAAUUUGAGAUUUAAUGGUAUAGAAGAAAAAGAAAUUGAAACCUGGCAAGAAACUGAAAGUAAAAUAAGAGAAUUUUUAAAAACUAAAUUGGGUUUAAAUGGUAAUAUCGAAAUCGAGAGAGCCCAUAGAGUUGGAAAAAAAGUGAUGGGUGUUGAAAGAAUAAAUAGAACUAUUGUUGUAAAAUUUUUAAGCUAUAAAGACAAGAACGCGAUUUUGGAUAAGUUCGUAAAGGCAAAACUCUGGAAUAAAAAUUUGUUUAUAAAUGAAGAUUUUAGCGAACGUACUAUGGAAAUAAGAAGAAAGUUAUUCGCGGAAGCAAAGGAGCUUCGAAGUAAAGGAAAGCGGUUCUCGAUGACAAGAUCUUAUGAUCUUCUGCGAGUAUCCGCGUUCUUGUUGUAACGUUAACAAAAUUGUAAUUCUGACUAUA